AAAGAAAGAGAAAGCAUGAACCUCGUGCGUUAAAUAAGUAUCAGAGACAUACUACAUUUUAAAAACUCUCACAUGAGAAAUCAGAAUCCGUUAUUAUUCCUCCAUUUAUUCAUCUCAAAACCCAUAUCUCUCUGUCUUGAUCUCUCUCUCACUUUCUAAUAAGAUCAAAGAAGAUGUCGAAAGCUACCAUAGAACUCGAUUUCCUCGGACUUGAGAAGAAACAAACCAACAACGCUCCUAAGCCUAAGUUCCAGAAAUUUCUCGAUCGCCGUCGUAGUUUCCGAGAUAUUCAAGGUGCGAUUUCGAAAAUCGAUCCGGAGAUUAUCAAAUCGCUGUUAGCUUCCACUGGAAACAAUUCCGAUUCAUCGGCUAAAUCUCGUUCGGUUCCGUCUACUCCGAGGGAAGAUCAGCCUCAGAUCCCGAUUUCUCCGGUCCACGCGUCUCUCGCCAGGUCUAGUACCGAACUCGUUUCGGGAACUGUUCCUAUGACGAUUUUCUACAAUGGAAGUGUUUCAGUUUUCCAAGUGUCUCGUAACAAAGCUGGUGAAAUUAUGAAGGUCGCUAAUGAAGCAGCAUCUAAGAAAGACGAGUCGUCGAUGGAGACAGAUCUUUCGGUAAUUCUUCCGACCACUCUAAGACCAAAGCUCUUUGGCCAGAAUCUAGAAGGAGGUUAGUAUAAUAAAAAUAAAAAUCACUUAGUGCUGGAUUCUUCUAGAAUUUUAGUUACAUAUUAUUGCAUGUAGAGAUCUAAGAAGAGUUUGUUGUUAGAGAGGAAUUGGUUGCUAAUUAGUUUGGAAUUAGAUAUCAAAGAGUUAAAGACUAUAGUUUAUGUCUAUACGUAUUAAUAUACGUUAUUAAUAAAAGUAUAAACAUGUUGUUUAAUUUCUGAUAAGAAACUGGUUUAUGCGUGUGUAUGCAGAUCUUCCCAUCGCAAGGAGAAAGUCACUGCAACGUUUUCUCGAGAAGCGCAAGGAGAGGUAAUGAUUCUUCAACAAUCCAAGGAUUUUUACCCCCAAAUAAUUAAAGAAAGGUUUUUAUUUUUCUCUCUCUCGACCUUUUUUUUACUAUAAGUUAUUUAAGAUAGUAAUUAUGGGUCCUGCCUCUUUUACUCUCACAUACAACUUAAGAUUCAACUAGUUUUGUUCAACAACGCACAUGCUUAUACGUAGAUAGAUAAUGGAGAUCAGUAGUAAUAUCGGUAUACGUAGGUUACUAUUGUAAUGGAACUUUUAAAAAGCGCGUUGACUUUGAGUCUUUGACUCUAGUUCUGUUUGCUACACCGACAAGUUAUAUUUUUCAAAAUGAUGAGAAAACGAGGAGAAACACCGGAAAAAAAUUUGAACUUUUACUUUUAUCAGACCAUACGGCCAAAGAAAGAUCUGUAUAUUAUAUAAGUUAUCACAAAACGCGGUUUCACAUUUUCUUUUUCGUCUUGUUGUGUUUGCAGAUUAGUAUCAACAUCUCCUUACUAUCCGACAUCGGCCUAAACGAUCUCUUUUUAGAUUGGGACAUGGACCAAAUUUGUCUUUUUCAAUCGGAAGACAUCCAUGUUCGUUUUUGGAUUUGGCUUAUUUCCAAUCUUCUUUUGAAGCCUUCUUCGUCGUUGCUAAAUCGUAUACUAUUCACGACAAACGUUUUUAGGAGAUUACGUUACCUACUAAGAUUAUAUAUAUUGGUUUGUUUUUAAAAAUGUCUAUUAUCUUUAUUGUCAUUGAUAGCUUGAUUUAAGAAGCUCUCUCUUAUCCCGUGACCUUCUACUUUUGUUUUAUUUUUUAGUAUAUGGUAAAGAAAAUUAUAACACGCCUCUUUUAGCUUCUCAUGAAGCUUCCGUAUCAGAGUAUUAUUAAAGGAAAUGUGGCCAUUCAUCUUUGAUUAUAUUGGUUGGUCUCUAGCUUGGG